AUGCAACCCUGGGGUACCCCAGAUGGUACUGAAGAUAAAAAAGACUUUUAUAAUCUAUCGAAUCGUAUUCUUGGUGAACAUGAAUUAAAGCUCUUAUGUCGUGGUUGGAAAUUUUGCAUUGAACAGAAGGUAACAAGAACACUGGAUUUAAAAACGGAUAUUGAACAUGGUAUGUAUUGGAUAAAGAAGAAUAAUAAGAAAAAUAAGUCGAUAAGGUGGGAUCAAGUAUAUGAUGAAAUCAAAAUUGAGUAG